GCACUACUGGGUCUAGCUCUGCGGCACCGGGGCGGGAAGUACCUUCGCGGAACUAGAGGCAUGGGCAGGGGAAACCGACAAUAUAUGACAGCAGCGGCGACUUAAGAGCCAUAGCGACGGAGUCAUCAACAUUUGACAAGGACUUUUCUGCCCCUAAAGUGUGAUCUUUCUGUUACAGUAUAAAUAUAAAAAUGUAAACACAGUAGGCAGCGUCGAUAUAUCAGUCUCGGCAGUUGCCCUUUGCUUUCUGGUUGUGACUGAUCGAUCCCCCGUAGGAUUUGGCAAUUUGCGCUGGUUUCAGACGCUUUACUUUAACAUCUCACCACAUUCUGCAGUAGGUCAACGGCAAAGCCUGUUAGACCGCACUAAGCGGCUUCGGAUUCACCGGCAGUAAAUAACAGUGUGCUGGAGACGAGAUGUUUCCCUUGGACUCGCCAUGGAAUAUAUCAUUUGCCGGCUGUGGUUUCCUAGGAAUCUAUCACAUUGGAGUUGCUAGCUGUCUUCGGGAACAUGCUCCUUACUUAGUGGACAAUGCCAAAAACAUCUAUGGGGCUUCCGCCGGGGCGCUGACAGCUACUGCGCUGGUCAGUGGUGCUUCUUUGGGUGAAGUAGGGGCCAACAUUAUCUAUGUCUCAAAGGAAGCACGUAAAAGGUUUUUGGGUCCCCUUCAUCCUUCCUUCAAUCUGGUGAAGAUAAUCCGGCAUCGAAUGUUAAAGACACUACCUGAUGAUUCCCAUGUUGUAUCCUCAGGAAGGCUAGGUAUUUCCUUGACUCGUGUUUCAGAUGGACAGAAUGUUUUAGUAUCAGAGUUCAACUCCAAGGAGGAGCUAAUACAGGCAUGUGUUUGCAGUACUUUCAUCCCAGUGUAUUGUGGACUAAUCCCACCAACCCUACAAGGAGUGAGAUAUGUUGAUGGUGGAAUCUCAGACAAUUUACCUCAGUAUGAGUUGAAGAAUACCAUUACUGUAUCACCAUUCUCAGGUGAGAGUGACAUUUGUCCUAGGGACAGUUCUACCAACAUCCAUGAAUUGCGAGUUACCAACACUAGUAUUCAAUUCAACGUGAGUAACCUCUAUCGUCUCUCCAAGGCUCUUUUCCCACCUGAACCUCAGGUAAUGAAAGACAUGUGCAAACAGGGUUACCGAGAUGCACUGGACUUUCUUAAGAAAAAUGGGCUUAUUCAGUGUCGCAGGCCAUCUUGUUGCCCCAGCCUAGCAACCCCUCCAGAUGCAAACACUGAGGAGAAGAAAAAUAAGACAGACAAGGUAGAACAAGGCAAAGAUGUCACCAAACAAUCUCACUAUGGAGCAGUUGCAGCAGAACCAGCAAAUGAUGAUAGCAUCUUUGAACACAUGCCACCACAAUUAAAUCAAGCUCUUUUGGAAGCCUGUAGUGAACAAAGAAGCUUCCUUACUAUGUUGUCAAACAUGCUACCUGUACGACUAGCCUCUGUCAUGAUGCUGCCAUAUACUUUACCUUUGGAGUCUGCAGUUUCCUUUACUAUCCGACUUCUGGAGUGGUUGCCAGAUCUACCUGAAGACCUGCAGUGGAUGAAAGAUCAGUUAAGAGAAGUUUUGUUGUACCUUCUUAGGCAUGCAAAGAAGAAAAUUGACCAUCACCUUUCUGCAAGGCUUUUUUGUCACAUGGAGCUGCGAAAGUCCAAGAGUCUUCCUGCUGCAUUAGGACUGUCCCCCAACAAGACCAUGCGCAACUUUUUGAGAAGAGGUACAUCAGUCAUGGAUCUGAUGUUAAAGUCUGAUCAACAACAACAUCGCAUCAGUCCAAACUUAUUUUGUAUUAGUUUAGACAUGCAGGCCUCUCUUUUCCACCAGGCAAUUGAAGAGGAGGAGGAUGAUGUUUUGGAAAUGCGUGAUAUCCCACCAGAGCCCAAGCUGCUUAACUUAGAGGCUCCUUAGGUCUCUUUCACAAGAAGGAAACUUUCUAGGCAUCAUGUUGCCAUCCACAAGGAUGCAGAGGGAGAGGUGUAAUGAUAAGAAGCAAUCUAUAAUCAUCUUAGAAUUUACAAUAAUGUUGCCAUUAACAAUCAGUCAUUCAAAUAAUGAUUAAUCUAUUCUUAUAUAAACUUCUGCAAGUAUUUUGUAGUAUAGUCCAUCUGUUUCUGCUUUGUACAUAAAAGAUGUAUAUAUAGCCCAUAUCAACCACUGUAUGGUGUAAAAUAACAAUCAUGCAUUUUUUUAACUCUGUGCCCUGUAUUUUAAUAUUUUAAUGUUUUGCUUUUAAUUUGUAUGCUUAACUUCUUGGCCAAGUAUUUUUUUUUGUUUGUUUUAUCUAAUUAGGCAGUCUAAAAGCAUUGAGGUGUAUUUUACUAUUUUACUCAUUCCUGAAGCACUGGUUUAGGGAUUUGCUUUCCCAGACUAAAAGGGAAAUCCUUAUGCUUAGUACAUGCUUGACCACAGAAAAAAUAUGACAGUAUUAUUUUACUGGAGAGAGUGACUGUAGUGUCAUUUUAUACAUCUGCUCCCUUGGUGAAAUCUAUAUUUUACCUGCAAAAACAUCCUUUUAUAAUGUGGAGUAAUAGCAGGUUUUGCAGGUUUUAUAUUCCAGCACUCAUUACUGUGGCCACCUAGAAUAUUAAUAUAUUUUUAUUGUGUAUGUAGUUACAGUAAUCCACAAUGCCUCAAAGUCUUUUUUCUUCUUUCUUAUUUUAUAAAUUGUUUGUAGGUGUUCUGCAUGCCGUGAGGACCCUUUUCUGCUUUACUGCCUUCUAAAACCUGCACUUUUUCUUUUCUGCUCACCUUUUACAGCUACUAACCUACUAAGAGUAUGUUGAUCCUCUCAUUCAGCCAUAGAUUGCUCCAUAGGGUUGGAUCAAGUGAGAGGAAGAAAUGGUCAUUUCCCCUUUAGCGUACUAUUAUGGUAUUAGGCUUCAAGUCUCUGGUCAUCACUGGGCACUGCAAGUCAUUGAUAGUACAGUCCCCAGGAAUUGAGCAGUCAUAUGUAGCCCCGUUAUGAUCUUUUCGUCAAUUAUCUGCUGCACCUGCAGCAUCAGUAAUGGCACAUGCAUAGUUCUGCACACAAAUGUAUUUUGUUUAUUCACUUAUUCUUUAUCAUCUCGGUAAGUCCCACUAGGACAGUGUUCUCUUUUCAUGAGAGACUUGAGGUGGUAUUCCUACUGAAUCCCUAUUGCACCUGCAUGAGUUGUAUAUAAGCACAUUUGGCUAAGUGAAGAAUGAAGCCAGUAACUUCCAUUAGGAAGAAACUGUGCUACACAUCCUGCCCUCCUCAACAUUCCCUCAGAAAAAUCAGUCAGCAGCUGGUACGCACCACCACCACCAGUGAUCUUAAAUGCUUCCUGAAUCUUUUUUGGCAUGAAUUGUAACCUUGCUUCUCUGCUUUGGUGUAGAACAGGCAGAUAGUUUCAAACUGUAGAGGGAUACAUAAUUGCAAUUCCAUUUUGCUGCUGUUGUGUCCUUUUCAGUUGUUCUCUUCCUCGUCUGUAACUCCCACUAAAACUGACUUUUCUUUUUUUUUAUCAUACAUGCACACUAGUACCCAAACAUUUACACACAUAUCUAUACAAACCCUAACCCACAAACACUCUCAUACAUACUCACUCAAAACCCAAUGCCAAUACUUUUGUUGCAAACAAAAUUGUUGCAAUUGCUAUCCACCCUCACUUACCUAAUGUUUGGCAUUACAAGCUGACUAUUCCUGCACUAUACAAAAUAGGCAUCCAACCACUUCUAGCUCAGGAAAACAUCUUAUCCAACUAAAAAGCCGGAUGGAUUGUACCCAUCAUGAUGCAUGUAUAUUUCUAUGGGGGGAUUAAUAUUAUACGAGGAAAAAAAAGUCCAUUUACUUAACAUAAAAAUAUAAGUGCAAUGUGAGUCAUAGUGGAUGAAUCUUGUGUAAGUGUGGAAAUACUCAUUUUGAGUGUGUAAUUUGUGAUUUCUUCUGCAAGUAGUAUUUUUCUCUUAUAAUUUAAAAUCAAAGAGUGAGCAGAGAUCCUUGAUGAUCUUGAGCAACAAAUUGUGCAUGAUAUAUGGGAAAUUAUUUUAUUAGGGAUGCUGUCCUUCCUGUUAUAAGUAAUUUUCAAAUUUGCUGUUAAUUCUGUACAUCAUACUGUUUCCAUAACAGCUUUCAUGCAAUCGGUGAGUGUAAUACACUCAUUACUGCUGUUCCUUACAGAUGCAGAUAUAGUGUACACUAAGGUACACAGCCCUACUUAUACAUAUAUAUUUUUAAAAAGUAUUUUAACUCAUAUGUAGUGGAGAUGUUAAUUACUAACCUAUAAAGUGCUACUUCUGGAGUUAUUUUAAAGGGUCAUCAGUACUGGGUAACAGCUGGGAUCCCCCUUCUGAGAGAUGUCUCUUGGCAGAUUUCUUCAAGGAUCUGUAGCUUCCAUUUUUAUUGUAUAUUGUUCGACUCACUCAGUUCUUUCUUGCCUUUCAAACAAUUCAGAUGUUGGUCCUAGUAUGUUUCUUAGAAAAAUCAUUCAUUACUAAAUUAAUGUCUUUUGGUUUUUCCCAGUUAGGGGGUCACCACAGCGGAUCACCAGUCUGCUAAUGAUUGGCAGUGGAUUUUUACAGUGCUGAGUUGCCAGGCUAAUG